AUGCACAAACGGGACCUUGUUGCUGGUCUUCCCAGGGUGCUCCCUCCCCUUCCCGACUCGCCUGCUCCUCCCUGUAUUCCCUGUGUCGAGGGACGGCAGCGCGCCGCUCCUCACUCCUCCUCCUUUCCCCCGACGACUGCUCCCUUGCAGACGCUCCACAUGGACGUGUGGGGUCCAGCCCGCGUCCGUGGUCAGGGUCAAGAGAGGUACUUCCUGAUUGUUGUUGACGACUUCUCGCGCUACACCACGGUCUUCCCCUUGCGCGCCAAGGGUGACGUCCCUGAUGUCUUGAUCCCUUGGAUCCGCAGAUCUCGUCUCCAGCUCCGUGAGCGUUUCCGCUCCGACUUCCCUGUCCUGCGUCUGCACUCUGACAGAGGUGGGGAGUUUUCCUCUGGCCUAUUGGAGGCCUUCUGUCAGCAGGAGGGCAUUGAGCAGUCGUACACGCUUCCGGCCUCUCCACAGCAGAAUGGGGUUGCUGAGCGCCGCAUUGGUCUGGUCAUGGAGGUCGCUCGUACCUCCUUGAGCCAUGCGGCUGCCCCCCAUUUUCUGUGGCCGUUUGCAGUCCGAUACGCUGCGCAUCAGCUCAACCUCUGGCCCCGUGUCUCCUUGCCCGAGACUUCUCCGACACUGCGUUGGACGGGAGAGGCUGGCGAUGCGUCGCGUUUUCGGGUCUGGGGAUCCCGAGCUUUUGUCCGCGACACGUCCGCGGACAAGCUCUCCCGUCGCGCUGUCCCCUGCGUCUUCCUUGGCUUUGUCCCGGACGCCCCUGGCUGGCAGUUCUACCACCCCACCUCGCGUCGUGUCCUGGCCUCUCAGGACGUCACUUUUGACGAGUCCGUCCCCUACUACCGCCUCUUCCCCUACCGCACUGCCCCGCUCCCCCCCCCGCCUCUCUUCCUCGCUCCAGGUGCUGAGGUACCAGACCCCCUCCCCCCUCAGGGUGCCGCUCCCUCAGGUGUGUCCCAGGUAGACCCGGGUGAGCCUGUCGAGGUAGCUGUUGACUCUCGUCCUGCUAGGGGUGCUGAGCCUGGGGGUGCUGCGUCUGGGGGUGCUGAGCCUGGGGGUGCUGCGUCUGGGGGUGCUGAGCCUGGGAGUGCUGAGUCUGGGGGUGCGGAGCCUGGGGGUGUUGAGCCUGGAGGUGCGGAGCCUGGAGGUGCGGAGCCUGGAGGUGCUGAGCCUGGGGGUGCUGAGUCUGGGGGUGCUGAGCCUGAGCGUGCUACACCUGGAGGAGCCCUCUCCUCCCAGCAGCUGCAGGAGAGGUACCUCGAGUACUGCCGCCUCCGGAGAGGUGCUGCUGGAGCUCGUCCCGGUACUUCCCCUCCUACCCAGGAGCUCCCCCCCAUUCAGCAGAUCCGCGAGUGGUACACACGGCGCUGCAGUCUUCGGAGUGGUGCUCCUGGUGCUGCGGACCUUGGGGGUGGCGCUGCUGCUGGUGCUGAGGACCCGGACGUGGGAGCUGCUGCUGGUGCUGCGGACCCGCCUGGUGGAGCUGCUGCUGGUGCUGAGGACCCGGACGGUGGAGCUGCUGCUGGUGCUGAGGACUCGGACGGUGGAGCUGCUGCUGGAGCUGAGGACCCGAGCGGUGGCACUGCUGCUGUUGCUGAGGACCCGGGCGUUGGAGCUACUACUGGUGCUGAGGACCCGGCCGGUGGAGCUGCUGCUGGUGCUGUGGACCCGGACGCUGGAGCUCCUACUGGUACUGAGGACCCGGCCGCUGGAGUCUCUUCUGCUUCUGGAGACGCUGCGCGGCCGCGACCGUACUUCGUACCGCUCCUUCAGCAGGUUCUUGGGCAGGCUCCUCCUCCUUGUCCUCCUCCCUCCGUAGAGUGUCCUCCACCUGUCCAGCCGCAGUCACAGUUACCGUCUACCUCGCCUCUCCCUGCUCCCCCUCCUUACACUGGUCCCACAGGAGGUCUUACAGAGCGUCGUGAGCCUGAGUCUCGUCCUGCGUCGCCUGUUCGUCCUGCUCGCACUGGUAGUCGUGUCCGUCAUGAGCGUCCUCCUCCUGUCCCAAGCACUCACUACAUGACUCUGCGUCCCUCUACUGCUCCUCAGCGUGUCCCUCUACCGUCUCCUCCUGCGUCCUCUUUGCCUGCCGUUCCGGACCCUGAGUCUGACCGGUAUCGUGCUGAGCACCCUACUGUCACGCGUCUCCUUGCUACUGUUGUCACUGACCCUACCUUUGAGUCCUCGGCUGCGUCUGCUCUGGUCGCUGAGUUGGUUGACUUUGCUGCUGCCUGUCGUCUAGACUACGCUGCUAGCCUUGUUGCUGAGUCUGAGUCUGUCUGUCCUCCGUCCGUCGGGGGUGAGUGUGCUCUUGGCACGGACGUCCUUGAGGACAGACAGGAGGAGUUGCUUGCUGCUGCUUUGCCCCGUCUCGUGUCCUUGCUAGUUGCCCCUGAGGGAGACCCGGAUGCACCAGACAUCCCGACCCCGCGCACUUACGCUGAGGCGAUGGCGGGUCCCUACUCCUCUCAGUGGCAGACAGCCAUGGACGCCGAGAUGGCUUCCUGGAAGUCCACACGCACCUACGUCGACGAGGUUCCCCCUCCUGGGGCGAACAUCGUCAGUGGCAUGUGGAUUUUCAGGGUGAAGCGGCCGCCAGGUUCUCCGCCUGUCUUCAAGGCGCGUUACGUGGCUCGAGGCUUCAGUCAGCGAGAAGGAGUUGACUUCUUCCAGACCUUCUCCCCCACCCCGAAGAUGACUACUCUUCGGGUGCUGCUACACAUAGCCGCUCACCGCGACUACGAGCUUCACUCACUUGACUUCAGCACUGCUUUCUUGCAGGGCAGCCUGCACGAGGAGAUCUGGCUGCGCCGCCCACCUGGCUUCACUGGGUCGUUUCCUCCUGGUACCCAGUGGAGGCUUCAGCGGCCGGUCUACGGUCUCCGCCAGGCUCCGCGUGAGUGGCACGACACACUGAGGACUACACUUGCGGCUCUUGGGUUCGCGCCUUCUACAGCUGACCCGUCGCUGUUCCUGCGCACCGACACUUCGCUGCCGCCGUUCUACGUCCUCGUGUACGUCGAUGACUUGGUCUUUGCCACUGCUGACACUGCAGGACUCGCCUACGUGAAGUCGGAGCUGCAGAGGAGACACACGUGCACAGACCUGGGUGAGCUGACAAGCUAUCUUGGCUUGCGGAUCACCCGGGACAGAGCACGGCGCACCAUCACCCUGACUCAGUCACACAUGGUGCAGCAGGUUCUCCAGCGCUUCCGCUUCACGUACUCCUCGCCUCAGUCCACUCCUCUGCCUACCGGUCACUCGCUCUCAGCUCUGCCUUCGGAUGAGUCCGUAGAGCCGAGUGGCCCGUAUCCAGAGCUUGUGGGCUGCCUCAUGUACCUGAUGACCUGCACUCGACCUGACCUUGCAUACCCUCUUAGCAUCCUUGCACGCUAUGUCGCUCCUGGCCGUCACAGGAAGGAGCACAUGGAUGCCGCUAAGAGGGUGUUGCGCUACUUGUGCAGUACGUCGGGCAUGGGGCUUGUGCUUGGAGGGCGAGACCGAGUUGUUCUCACAGGGCACUCAGACGCUUCUUGGGCAGACGACCAGGCCACUCAGCGGUCGUCUCAGGGUUACACCUUCAGCCUUGGCUCUGGCUCAGUUUCUUGGCGCUCUACACGCUCUUCUUCUGUUCUCAGCUCCAGUUGCGAGGCUGAGAUCUACGCUACAGCCAUGGCUGCCCAGGAGCUACGCUGGCUGACCUACCUGCUGACCGACCUCGGAGAGCGGCCUCGUUCUCCUCCAGUACUGUACGUCGACAACAAGGCUGCCAUUGCCUUGUGUGAGGAGCACAGACUGGAGCACAGAACGAAGCACAUCGCCCUGCGGUACUUCCUUGCUCGUGAGCUACAGCAGCGCGGUCAGCUUUGUAUUCGCUACGUGGCCACUGAGGCCAACACUGCUGAUGUGUUCACCAAGGCACUUCAGCCUCGUGACCAUCAGCGCUUCUGCACUCUACUAGGCCUUGUGCCUACUGGACCUCACUUACUUACCUCUUGA